AUGGCGGCGCCGCGGCAGGUCUCCAGUCGUAGCGUUCCCCGGGAGGAACCCGUCGGCUCCGCGAACUCGUCGGUCACUAACCCGACGCCAGUGCCCACCGUGUCGCCUGUGUCCCUCGAGCGGCCUGUGUCGCCGGGGCAGGUCGCCGAGCCACCAGGCAAAACCCUGUGGGAGCUCUGCGAGGAGUAUGAAGCCGAGAUGCCCCCCUUUCCAGAAGGACUUAAAGUCAAACAAGAAGCUGUGCUUACUGGUGCACGCUUGGAGGAAGUGGUGGUCCACGGCUUCCACACAGAACACUACUUCCCAGCUCCCCAUGCCCCAUGAUCUCACACACCUUGUCUUCAAGAGAAAUCCAAAGCAGCGGAUCCAAAAGAAUGUUCUCCCAAGGAAUAUUUUGAAACUUACAUCUUUCCAGUUCUACUUCCUGGGAUGGCCAGCCUGCUUCACCAAGCAAAGAAGGAAAAGUGCUUUGAGAGGAAAAGGACCAAAUUCAUUGCCUGUGAUUUUCUGACUGAGUGGUUGUACAACCAGAAUCCAAAGAGGACAGGGGAACCCUUCACAGAAUUCUUCUCCAUUCCUUUUGUGGAGGAGUGGCUGAAACACCACCCUCGGCCACCAAUCCCGCUCUCCCUCCUGCUCACAGAAGAGGAAGCAGCGAUCAGCAUUCAGUCCUUCUGGAGAGCGUAUCUGGUUCGCUGUGAUCCUGAGAUUCAAGAGCUGCGUCAGUGGCAGAAGAAGCUGCGUGAGGACAAGCACAUUCGACAGCGGGUGCAAAUGUUUUGGGCCAAACAAGAGCAAAAAGUGAAAGGCAAAAUGGAGGACCCAGAGGCACCUGUGGCUGCAAUUCCAUCUCCUUAAGCAUCAGGCAAGGAAAAUGUCCAAAUUGGACUUUCUCUCUUGUGAUUUCCUUCACAAGACUUGGUACAGUAAAAACAAUCUUUCCCGCAUAAGAUAGUAUUUGUGGCAAACAUGCCUGAGUGCAAAUAAGCUUUGAAAAGUGCCAUCUUAACUUUCUGAACUGUCGCCAGAUGUUAUUCUUCCAUCAAGAUAGUCCCAUCAUGCCAACUGCUAUUAACAUGCACAGUGAAGUCUAGCUCCAGGAGAGGAGGUGUUGCUUACCAGUUUUCUUACUUUUGAGAAGAUUCAUAUUUUAAGUCUCAGAUUUUUUUUUGCAGUGCUGGGGAUGGAACUUGUGGCUUCAUGUAUCCUGGGUGUGUGCUCUACCACUGAGCUACACUCCCAGCCCAAGAUGAGACAUUUAAAUCCAGACAAAAAUUACAAAGGAUUUUCAUUGUCUAGGCCCCAAACUAUUAUAGACACUUCCUGCUUUUAUGGGUAAAUUAAAUUAUUGCCCUCAUUUGUGUGUGGUUUGCUGUUAACCAGGAUUUUCCCUUUAAAAUGCCCCAGACUCAAGCACUGGGGUGCUUCCACAAGCUACCACGCAUCUGAAGUACAUAGUAAAGCAUUUAUUUUUGUGUUAAGAACAGCAUUUUGAAAAUAAAACCUAUCUGCUCAUGCUUACCAACCUUUUAAAUCUGUAAUAUUUACAUACAGUCAUGUAUGGACAUAUUGAUUGUCUUAGAAUUUCAUGGAGAUUUUUUUUUAAUAAGUAUGCAAGUCAGCCAGGGGAAAAUAAAAGUACAUUAUAAAACACACAUUAAUACAUUUAAUAAAUAUAUAUUAUCUAUCAAAAACGAGCUUGAGCUCUUUAUCAAUUAAUAAAAAGCACCUGCUGAGAACUCCCCUAAGCUGGUAUAAUCAUUGCAUCCUUGGAUUAUAAAAGCCACAAUAUACCCCCUUUCAGUUUAGCAUUCAGCCUGAGGCCUUCACUCAGCCUUGGCCAACCUAGAAAAGACCACUCCCAGACUGCACUUGUUCGAUGACCCUGACCAUGACCACA